ACCCGAAGGAAUCCGAUGGUUUCUCGGUCAAGUUUUUAACUUCCGGAGAUAAUAGCCUCCCCUUAUAAGACCAUCGAGUCGUUUGCUGUCGUCUACUGAUUGAUUUUUGCGUCCGAGACUAUCGCUAAAAUUCUAAAAUGGGGAAGAUAAAAGGUGGUCCCGUGGUGGAGAUGCAGGGAGAUGAAAUGACAAGAGUGAUCUGGGACUUGAUCAAAGAAAAGUUGAUUCUGCCAUUUGUUGAUUUGGAAAUUCAUUUCUUUGACCUUGGUCUGGAGAAUCGAGAUGCCACUGAUGAUGCAGUGACUAUAGAAGCAGCUAAUGCCAUCAAGAAGUACAAUGUUGGUAUCAAAUGUGCUACCAUCACACCUGACGAAAAAAGGGUGGAAGAAUUCAAGCUCAAGUUCAUGUGGAGGUCGCCCAAUGGAACUAUUCGUAACAUACUUGGUGGUACUGUGUUUAGAGAGGCCAUAAUCUGCAGAAAUAUUCCACGAUUGGUGCCAGGCUGGACCAAAAGCAUUGUCAUUGGUCGUCAUGCAUAUGGGGACCAGUAUAGAGCCACUGACUUUGUGGUACCAGGACCUGGCAAGCUAGAAAUCAAGUUUACACCAGAGAAUGGUGGGGCGCCCAUUGAGUACACGAUCUUCGACUUCAAGGAUGGUGGGGGUGUGGCUAUGGGAAUGUAUAACACAGAUCAAAGCAUCAAGGAUUUUGCCCAGAGCUCUUUUCAUUUUGCCCUAGAGAAAGCCUGGCCGCUCUAUCUUAGCACUAAAAAUACCAUCCUAAAGAAGUAUGAUGGGCGUUUCAAAGAUAUUUUUCAGGAGAUCUAUGAUGCGGAAUACAAGGCCAAGUUUGAGGCCAAGGGGAUUUGGUACGAGCAUCGCCUGAUAGAUGACAUGGUUGCUUAUGCAAUGAAAUCUGAGGGAGGGUUUGUGUGGGCAUGCAAAAACUAUGAUGGUGAUGUACAGUCAGAUUCUGUUGCACAAGGGUUUGGAUCGCUGGGUAUGAUGACCAGUGUGCUAAUUUCUCCUGACGGCAAAACCGUCGAAGCUGAAGCAGCCCAUGGCACAGUCACUCGGCAUUUUCGUGUGCAUCAGCUUGGAAAAGAAACCUCCACUAACCCUAUUGCUUCCAUAUUUGCAUGGACACGUGGGUUGGCCCACAGAGCCAAGCUAGAUGACAAUGCAGAGCUAGCAACAUUUUCCCGUAACCUGGAAGAUGUUUGCAUAGAGACGAUUGAGUCGGGAAUGAUGACAAAAGAUUUGGCAAUAUGUAUCAAGAGCAUGAACAGUGUUCAGAGAGAGGAUUACCUUAACACCUUUGAGUUCCUGGAUGCCCUGGCUGCUAACCUGCGGAAAAAGAUGGCUCAGAGUUGACUGAAAGCAGACAGCAGCAAGCUUUGAGUCAUCUCCUGUCUGGCAGCAACAUCUUUCAAAAUUAUCAUCAGAUCAAGGCCAGACAAGGAGGAACUUUGAUAUUUAUUCACCCAGGCUUGCUUUGUUCCUCCCAGAAAAUACAGGGUGUAAGAAAAGGUAAAGGAAUUGGUUUAUUAUAGACAAUCCCAAAGAGCGUUUUUCAGCAUUUACAUUUGCAUUUACAUCCUUUUUGGGAUGGAGGAGCAGUGUGAAGCUCAUUCUGUGGAUUAAUAUUUCAGAAUAUUACACCCUGUGUUUGUAAUUAUCAUCUAUGCAUGUAUCAAGCAUAUUUUCUUCCUUAACACUUGAAACUAACAUUCAUGUAACAUUUAUAUUAUACUUUUCUAGACAUAUCGAUUAUAACUAAUGAUGAAACUAGAGCACAAUUUUAUUAACUUAAUUAUCGUAAGAUGGUGAUACUUUAACAUGUUAUAUAAGUUAUAAUCAUGACUAUGCUAUAAUAUGAGGUAUUAGAUUACAGGCAGCAUAAACUCAACUAAUGAUAAGGAAGACUUGGGAGAGUUCUUGUAAGGGAUCUGAUAGCAAGCCAUUGCGUAACUCAAAUGCAAAAACACCUGAAUUUUCAGAACAGGUUGGGAUUAUUUAUUCAGAGCUAUGUAAACACAAUCUGAGUUUAUCCCAGUUGUUUCCAAACAAAAAAAAAAAAAAAUGAGCACACUUUGAAAAUUAUGAAAACAAAUCAAUCAAUUAUGGGAAGACAUGCUGAUAUCUGUACAGACUGACUAGAUUUAUUUAGCAUGAACAAGAGGUGAUGGUGUAUUAUUAGAGCCUGAGUUUAUGUCUUACUUAUGUGAAAUCCUAUACUUUGGAAUAUUGCAUUUAUGGAAUCACACUUAACAUUUAACUUGCAUCAAAUAACCAGCUUGUAUACUGUAGGUUGAUAGUUUUUCGUGAAAGGAUCUUGAUGAGAUGCAUGAAGCACUUGCUGGGCCAUGUGCUGUUCCAUAAGUGUCCGAGAUUUCAUUCAUGCUGCCAAAACUGAUGAUGUUUAAUCUUAUGCAUGAGAAUAUGCACUUUUUUAUUAUACAAUUUACAUUUAGUUUAUAUAGUUAGAAAAUAUUUAAUGAAUAAAUUGUUAAAAUCAAAUCAAAGUAUAAUCGGGCUUUUUCAUUAAAAAUCUUUCAAAAAUCAGUGUAACAAAUAUAUUCUUUAUAUUCAUACAUAUAUAUAUAUGUGAAUAUGGCUAAAUACCAAGUUCUACCAAAUAUUUGAUAAUAUUUUUGGCCAGAAGUGCCUUAGACUGUAACAGUAGAUCUUCUUUUGAGACUGACUUUUAAAAAAUUUAUAUUGUCUCACUUUUGACUGAAAGUUCAGUUCACAGUUUGUCCCCACUUUGGUCUUGCUGUAUUUUAAAUUCUACUUGAUUUUGAUCCAAUACUUAUUUCAAAUUUUUAUUUGUGCAAUAAUUACUAGCAAUAUUAGCUGUCAUUCUGUACAUGCUAAAUCAGUGGUUUUUACCCGGGGUUCGAUCGAAUCCUAGGGGUUCGGUGAGUUGGUCUCAGGGGUUCGGCGGAGCCUCCGCCAUGGGGGGUCAAGACACACCCGCAAUUCGUGAUGACACUAAAGAAGGGUUUGAUGAAUGUGCCUAUGAAACUUGUGGGUUCGGUACCUCAAACAAUGUUAAGAACCACUGUGCUAAAUACAAGUCACCAAUUCAUAUUUUGCACAAUAUGGUUAAUUAUAUGCACAAAAUACAAAUUUUUAUUAUUAAAACCAGCGGGAUUUUUCACAAAAAGCAAUGUCUUUCUAGCAUGCACGAUGCACAAAUAAUGUCUUUAAUUUACUGGAUUUGAAUCAGUAAUUUAAUGUGAUCUGCACUAGUGAGCCUGUGAUUUAUGAUUUGCUUUUAAUUUGUGUCAAUCAGUAUUAACACAAUAAACUUUGAUGCAAAA